CUGAAAUAUGCAAACAGGUCCCUGUGGUCGGUGGUGUGGGAGUCCGACGCUCUCCCAGCUCUCCGCGCCCCUCGCCGCCGGCGGCCGUUUGCCGUCGCGGAUGAGAUCGCCAUCGGUUUCCCUCUCCAAAUCAAGCCCCAAUGCCGCCUUAUUCUUCAUGCCUAACGCAGCCCAGCUCAGCUACGCCCGGCACGCAGGCCACUACGAUUCCUCGUUGACGACGCCCUCCCUUCCCCUUCACGCGUCGGCGGCCCAGAUCCGGGCGAGUCCUCAUCGUGGCGGGCAAGGGGAUUCAAAGGAAAAUUUGUAAGAGGUUGGAGUUCUUGCUAGCUUUAAUCUAAAAUCUUUAUAGGAUUGUCCAUUUCAGAGGAGUUGAUAGGAUUCGAUCUUUUUCUUUCAAAGGCUCACAGAGAAGUUUUUUCUAUGGAGCUGAAAUUCUUAUGUUUUGUUUUAAGUCAAACGGGGCCUUAAAAAAACAACACACCACCCUGGUAAAAAGAACAGCACCUGGAUCAACCUGACAAUGAGUCAAUGACUCAGGAUAAAAUAAGCCGAUCAGCUGUAGGAAUUUGGACUGGAGUGGAUGGGUACGACUUAUCUGAUGGUGAAAUUUUCCUUUUUCUAAAGAAGAUGGGUAGCGUACAUGGUGAUGGUACAAAAAAUUACCCAAAAAAAUUAUGCCUUCUGAAAAGGAUCCUUGAAAACCUCCAUGGAAAUACGAUGGAUGCUGCUGCUUCAUACCUCGGACAACCAAAGGGGAGAGGAGUAGCAGGCUAGCAGCCAUGGCAGAAGGUGCUUUUCUUUCUAGCCUCGUUGACCGUCUAAGCACCACAGCCUUGUCGGGGAUCACCUCGUUGUGGGGCGUGAAGGAGCAGGUGGAUUCACUGAUUCACGAGCUCCAGGCAGUGGAAUGCUUCCUCAAGGAUGCCGACCUGAGGGAGAUCCGUCGGCAAGCCACAUCCAACAACAACUGGUUCUGGUUACACUCCCUCAGAGAUGCCGCCUACGACGCCGAGGACCUCAUCGAGAGCGUGGAGCUCCAUGAGGGGAGGUAUCACACUCUGAACCCUCUCCUCCAGCCCUUGAACUCUUACAGAUUUGCCAAGCAAAUCAACGAGAUCAAAUCCAGAUUCCAAUCGAUCAUAGAUGGUUGGGCCAAGAAUGCUUCCAUGUUACGUGAGCUAAGGGAUAUGAGCAGCAGCAGCAGUAGUGUCACGUCUGCUGCCGAUUCCUUGUGGAGGCGUUCUUCUUGCCACCUCGGCGACGACGUCGUUGUUGGUCGGGAGGAGGAGGCCGGCAUGAUCAUCGAUAGAUUGCUGCGCUGCACAGCACACCGUGAAGUGGUUGGGAUAGUGGGGAUGGGAGGGGUCGGAAAAACCACACUUGCAUCUCUGGUUUACAAUAAGGUUUCUGCAAUCCAAACAGGGGGCACCUCAUUGCGUCCUGAUUCACCGAAAGGAACGAGCUCUCGAAGUAGUGUGGAGAUGUAUUUUGAUGCUUGUGCUUGGGUUCCAGUUGGGCAGAACGCAGAUGCUUUAGGCCUCUUGAAGAUCACAUCAGCUCAAAUUGGGGUUGAGUUGAACUCGACACAGGUAGCUGCAGCCAAAAAUGCCAUGUUCAGGUUUCUGCAGCAUAAGAAAUACUUGAUUGUACUAGAUGACAUAUGGACGACAGAAACUUGGCUUGAAUUAAGCGAAGCUUUCCCCAAAUCUACGAAUGGAAGCAAAAUCUUGCUGACCACUCGCUCCAAGGAAAUUGCGGUUUCUGCUGACCCAUCUUCCCUUCCCUAUGAGCUAGAUCCACUGAGUGAAGAAUUGAGCUUUCAGCUAUUCAUUACCAAAGUUUUUGGGUUGAAUCAUGUUGACACAACAAGUUGUCCACCACAGCUCAAGGAUGUAGGGCACCAACUUUCGAAGAAAUGCGGAGGGUUGCCUCUUGCUCUUGUGGUAUUGGGAGGACUAUUAUCUGGGAAGGAAAAGCAAUUCGAAGUUUGGAGGAAUAUAUUGAAGAGCAUGAAGUGGAGCAACUACGAAGCUGGGAAUCAGUGCUUGGAGAUACUGGCCUUAAGCUACAGCUGCUUGCCUUAUCAUAUGAAGCUGUGUUUCAUGUAUCUAGGUGCUUUCAAAGAAGAAACUGAAAUCAGUGUCUCUAAACUGAUAAAACUAUGGAUCGGAGAUGACUUUAUACCUCAGCAAGAUGGAAAAACAAGAGAGGAAACAGCAAAUGACUAUUUACGCGAACUCAUACAAAGGUGCCUAGUUCAACCUUUGUUGCCUGCGCAUAAGCAGGGUUUCAAAAGGGUCCGCAUUCAUGGCCUAUUAUGUGAGCUAGCAAGAUCAGAAGCAAGAGAGAGUCGAUUCUUUUAUUGUGAAAAUGGUGAUGCAGUCUCAAGAGCAGAAGGAAAAUACUAUCGUCGUCUCGCUCUCCAUACCAAACUUAUUGCAUUUCAUGAACUAAGUAACAGUGAGAAGCUAAGAUCUCUGCUAAUAUUUCCAGGAGUAAUUGAAUCUUGUGUGAUUACUGUUGGUCAUCAAGCAUUAAGGCCUUUUAGCAGGGCAUUUUGUCACGCUUUCUUUUUGUUUCCUCUGUGGGGUUUCCAGCACAACAUCUUGGAACAGUUAACAAGCAUGCAAUACAUAAGAGUUCUUGAACUUGAAGGACACGAGAGAUUGGCAUGUGAUCUUAAAAGUGUCCAAAGUAAUCUGAACCAUUUGAGAUACAUGAGCCUGAGAAAUACUAAUCUUGGUGAAUUUCCAUUUCCGGAAAGCAAUUUUCCGUUGCUACAAACACUUGAUAUAAGGGGGACGUUUAUUAGAAAGCUUCCAGGUAUAUUGGAGAGCCUUGAUACUCUUCGGCACAUCUACCUGAAUUGGAGGGUAUCUCUUGACAUAAGACGCCUUACCAAUUUACAAACAUUACAUGGAGUCAUAAUUCUCCCCAAUUCACAAGCUGAAAGGAACUUAAUGGCAUUAACAAAUCUGAGGAAACUACGUUUUAGGACCUGGCGGGGAGUUGAAUACAGACCAGAGUCCCCAAAUGGGUUUGAUAUUGAUCGGUACAAUGCACAAUCGAGUAUGGGGAAUGAAAACCACGCACUAGCCGAAUCUCUGAGGCAGCUAGGGAAUCUCCAUUCAAUAUUUAUAAUGAUGCCGUUUGCCUCAUUUCAACCAAUUACUUCAGAUAUAGUUCAAGCAGUGACGAGCCAUGAGCAACUUCAUAAGCUAAAACUACAAGGAAGAGUACAUCGCAAUCUCCUGCUAGAAGAUCCACAUUUCAGUUGCAUCAAAAGCAUCACAUUAUCUGGCUCGUGGAUUGUUUUGAGCCCGAUGGAAUCACUAGGCUCACUCACAACUCUUUAUGAACUCAAGCUAAAGGAUGACGCGCUCCGGUGCUCAGAGGUCUCAUGUUUACAAAACAGUUUCCCUGAGCUGCGGUACCUGAAAAUCAGUGGACUAAAGAAGCUUAGGGUGUUCCAUGUGGGGAAUGGCUCAUUUCCGAAUCUCACCCGCUUCUCCAUCCACGACUGUACAGAAUUCCUUAGCACGGUUGAGGUUAUGGAGCAUGCUACAAGACUGCAAGUUCUGAAAAUUAAGGAAAUGCCGUCAGUCCUGCCUGAUGUUACAGAUUUUUGCCACAGCAGAAACAUCAACCUUAUCAGCUGAUCUGGCAUCAAAGUUAUGUAUAGUUGACACCAUUACUGCAAACACCGUUUAUUUUUUUAUCUCGUUCCUUUUUAGUAAAAUUCAGCUCAGGUUCUUCUGAGUUCUGAUGGCAAGAAAAAAGAAGGCUUAGCUGAUCUGAUGACAAGAAACCAUACAACGUUCCAGGAGAACAUGAUCCAAAGCCAGGAGUCCAGCACAUGAUAGCUGUUUAAUUUCUUUGCUUGAGCUCAAUGUAACCCAAUUGUACAUGGAAAAAGAGUAAUGCUAGAUAUUUGGUGUAAACUUUGCAAUAUUAUUGUCUACUAAUUAUUCUCUGGAGAUAGAUGAUGUCAGUAAACUGUAGUAGAAUUGGUGAUGAGAAGUGAGAGUUGUACAGUUAAGUGUUGUGGCCACAUGUUUUUCAGGAGUUCAGAAAUGAACUGGUAUACCGAAUUGGUUCAGAAGUUCC